AUGCUGCUACUAACUGGUCAUGGAAUCUUUGGUGCCUUUAGGAAGAGAAUAGGCAAAGAUAGCGACUGCAAGUGCUACGAUUGCGCAGACCCAAACAACGACGCUGAGCACGUCCUCUUCGGGUGCCAAAAAUGGGCCGAGAGAAGGACCGCACUAGAGAACAGCCUUGGCGAGAAGAUAGACGUGGACAACCUCAUGGCCACAGUGACCGCCAACGACGAGAACUGGAAGAAAUUCGGACAGUUCUGCAUAACAGUCAUGUGUCACAGGAGGAAAAUGGAAAAGGCCAUGGAGGCGGCUAGGAAGAGGACGAGCGCAACAACAGCGCGGAGUAGGGAAAGCAGUUCCGCAAGACAGUUUCAAGACACAGAUGGAAGGCAAAGAAAACUAACAAAUUGGCUUAAAGGAGGUCGACUGUAA